CAAGGAUUUAUGGAGCACUCCACAUCUGAAGAGCGGCAGUAGAUGGCUAAUUCCUUGACUUUGAAAAGAUCUUUUGAUUCUUCAAAAUGUCAGAGAGGCCAAUUUUUGAUCCUUUCGGGGAAAAUAAGCCAGAGCCCAGUGUGUCCAGGCAUCCCCAUGCCUCGCCCUUCUCUCUGGGCAAUCGUGAGCUCACCACUGUGUCCCUGAAAGUGGCAGAGGAUAGCCCGCUAUGCCACAAGCCCAGAGUGACCCUCUCCACCCAGCGCAGCAGUGCCCGCUUCGGAGCACCCAGCCACAGCCCCUUCUUCUGUAGGAACAACCCCCACCCACAGAGGGUCAGGCACGUCAAGGGUAUCAAUGACAAACAAAUCUGUGUUGUCAAUGAUGUCACCUUUGGCCAGAUGCCCCAGUACUGCUUGGGCAGGGUCCUGACCCCUGAGAAGAAUCUGGUGUUGCAGUCAAACAUGCCAACGGCGGCCAUCGGCACCAACAGCACUUACCUCCCUAUUGACGUCCUCACGGGCCUCCAGUUCUUCCCCCUGAAGCAGAUGGAUUCCCCCUCUCUGAGGUUACUGACCAAGGCCUGGCGUGAGGAGUUGCGAGAGUUGACAGAGAGGGCAGGGCUUUUGGGACCAGGUGGAAGAGGCAGUGGUGUCCCCUUAUUCCCCCAGUCCAGCUGUGUGUCAGCCCUCGGGGGGUCUACAGACAGAGAGGGGAACCUAACACUACAGCUGAUGGUGAUUGAUAUGCUGUGUCAGAUACUGCAGACUGAGUCUAUAGGGGAUGUCCAGCAAUGGAUUCUGACAGCUGGUCAAAGAGAAAAGGACCAGGUUCUAAGUCUGCUGUGUUCCGCCCUGGCCAAGGACCCUGUCUCAGCCUAUGAGGCUCCGGGAGGAGAGCAGCUGACAGUGAAGGAGGUUCAAAACCUCUGUCCUGCCUCCAGAAUGGCUUCGAUCAGUGAGGAGGAUACCACCAGAGAUCAUUCCCUAGAAAUGAUGUCAAACUGUGACUCUGGUAAACUGGAGGAUGCAGACACAGAGAGGGCAGAGUCCAAGACCUCCACGGAGAGGCACAGCGCCAGACCCCUGAGUACCCAGAGGACCCUAGGUAGCCCCACCGUGUGUCACCUCAACCAGAAAGUGGUCCUACGCUACACCAAGCGGGCCCUGACGCCUCACACGCCACCAGAAGUGUUCCAGGCCGAAUGGCCCAACUAUACCCAGCAGACACCUGACCCACUCGUGAUUUAAAACACAACUCUGGCAAUACACCUGGGGUUCGUUCAGGAAGUUGCAACGUCACUGAACGUUCAGAUAGAAAUGUAUGAUGUAGAACAGAGACCAUUGUCUGUCAUGUUGAAUAGGUUAUUGUAUCAGCUCUAGUGAUUCUAUUUCUAUCUGCAACACUGAACAUUGUGCCCUAAUGAAUGAACCCCUCCUGUGCAUCUCAAUACACCUCUUA